CCCCUCAGCUAAGGCCAGGGCUGCUCACCUGCAGCUCACCACAUUUAUCGCUUUAAGUUAAAGAAUGUGGUGAGGGUUGCACAGCACUUUAUGUCACAGGACCAAGCCAGGCUGUUUACAAAACCUUGAACUGUCUAGACAACACCAUAAAAGCCAAAGUUCUAAACAGCUUAAUUGGGUUCUAUUAUACACCUUCUGGUGGGCCCAAAAGAGAUUUCCGCACUGUGCAAUAAACUGGAGAAGUGAGAAAAGCUUCUCCUUCUCUCAAAAGAGUGCAGUGGGUCUUAUGACUCUCAACCUCUCAGAAACCCAAAGGCAAAAUAUAAAUCCCAAAGGUGCACAGCACCCCAUGCCUCACCUGAGGAAGUGUGCUUUUUGAAUUAUAAUUUUUUUAAUUGCUGAAGCUUUUGGGGGGUAAAGAAAAACAUAAGUGCAUAAGUGUAUGCCUUUGAACUUCCAAAUGUCAAGGUCAUCACCUUUAACCUCUCUGAAUAAUUAGGCGCCUUAAAGUUCUUCUGUGAUUUCCAACCACCACCCACUCUCAUAAUACAUGCUCACACAUCCAGACCCUUGCCCAUAUUUAUGACUAUAUAGCAUCAUACUGGGAGUUCACCAUAAAUCUAAGAAAAUUCCUAAUUUCAGGAUCAAUAACCUUAAUUUCCCCCCAAACACUAGAAUAAUUCAAUAACAAUUGACUUCUUAGGGAAAAAAAUAAAAACACUUGUUAUAUCAAAAUACCUAUGAACUAUUAGUAGAAUUAGGAUGUACUGAGAAUUUGGGGUGCUCUUAGGAAGAGUUUCUCUUUGCUGUAAUGAAGAACCGCAGUUUUUUAAAAGGCGGUUGAGAGAGUAAGUUCUCAUCAGACUUACACCAACCCUUAGCAUUUGAAAGCAAUUUGCCACCUUGUUAAAUAAAUUCUGGCACUCUCUAAGAUAUAGAAUAAGAUAAAAUAUAUUUGUACUGUUUUUAACACAUUUUUCAAUUUUUGAUAAAGGAUGCAAUAGAAAAAAAAGCAGAUAAUCAAAUUAUUUCGCCCAGAAAAGGAUUGUUUUGUUUACAAUCUGAGCAGUGGUUUACAUGUAAAUGCCCUAAUAGUAAGAUAUUCCUGGGAGAUUAAAACCGGUUGGGUUUUUUCUUCAUCUUUUUUCUUUUAACUGCGGUUAAAUGAGCAAGCUGUGUGCCAGCCAGCACACACCAGGCGAACGCGAGAAAUACUAUUUUCCGUUUGCAAGAACCUCUACAGCCACACGAGGGCGCGCUCACGUUCCAAAAACCUUAUUUGCCAAGAGCCUGCGGUACCUUAUUUUCCAAUACUAGACUCUAAUAAGGGAUCUUGGCCCACCCGCUAGAAACAGUCAGCAGUUAAGGUGUUUCUGUCUCCUUGUUCUAAGCAGCCAUGAUUGCGAGAAGUGGUAGAGAGACAGAGAAAAAGAAGCCAUCAGUCUUCUGAAAUAGGGGAUCCCCUAAUCCGUUGUCUCCUCAAAGAUAAAGCCGCUGCAAAAAAAAAAAAAAAAAUACUUUGGCAUAUAACCGUAUGGUGUUGAGAAGAUAUUUUUAAAAGACAAAUAUCUGUGGUCUGAAAUACGUCAUAGCCACUGCGAGUUAAUUAAAUCGGGGAAUAUCUAUUUUCAUGUUGGUUUAAGUGUGGCGAGUGGUGACAAACGUAAGGUCCCUCCCAUCUCCCCAAAACCGCACGCGUCUUGUGAGCUUUCAAACGGCUGGGAUGAUUAAAAGGCUUUUGUUUAAAACAGAUUAGGGCGUUGGCAACUUAGCUGAGUGUGUGCUUAGAAAAAAAAAAAAUGAAACUCCAUGAGGACCGCGGGCGUCGUUCUGGUCUGAAGGUUCCAGUCUAUGUGCAUGGCUUGGUGCUACCCCUGACUACCCAAGGGACAGAGAGGGCUAGAAGCUGGGGUGCGGGUGCCAGACUGGACUGAUGCGGUUUCUGGAGAUAGUAGACUCUUUGCGAGGACGUUUGGAUUUCAAAGUGUUGUGAAUGGGGAUGCAUUUGAAGUAACCUGGCGUUGUACUUGACGGAAUCCAGGCCACCUUUCCGGGUUGCCCGCCGACCUUGAGGUGCGCAGUUUGCUUUGGGCACAAGCUCUCAUAAACGGUUAAAAUCGCCCCUGAGAUUCACUGUCCUUCCAAAGCCCUGGGCAUUGGGAAAUGUCUGUGUCCCCUCCGCUUGCAUCCUUUUUUGCGGUCCAAAAGUGUGAAGAUGGGGCUCCCGGGCGUGGGCGGCUCAAAGGGAGGAUGGCGGAUCCCUUUCACCCCCUAAGUUCUUUGAGAAGAGCCUGUAGGCCCUGGAAUUUGCACUGACCUCUCUCCCCCCCCCCCCCCAUUCGCCAGACCUCAGGCUUUAGGGUCCUCCUGUCCGCUAGUUCUCCAGGCCUCCAGGAGUUGGCUUUGGUUAGAGGGAAGCUGGGGCGCCGUGACUCCCCGGCUAGGCGCCAGCGAGAGGCGUGGGUGUUCCCCGCGCAGAUACCCGGCUCCUCCUGUCCUGCUGCCGGUACGGGUUAGCUCUUUUAGAGCGUCCUUUCUUAGGGCCUAACCCGGGUUUUAGUCUAUGUGGGGUGAAACCUCCCUCCCCAAAUGUCGUUGUGUUCCUUUGUAGGCGGCCCCAUCCACCGCGCAUCUGGCUGUGCGGUGGCCCCUUGGCCUUGGCUGGCGGCCGCCGCCGGCAGACCACGGCUUGCUGAGCGGUCUGCAGUGUCAUUUCUCCCGGCAGCGCCCGCCCAACGUGGGCCUAAUACAGGCCAGGGGAUGGGACCAGGAACUUCGGGGGCUGAAAACCUCCCCUUCUUGAGCUAGGGUGCGUGGAACUCCUUGCCGGCCACCGAUCUGGAGGCGCCGAGUUCUCAGGUUCAGAAGUAGAGAGAAAAUGCGCCAAGUAGGAGUCUUUUGUGUCUGUAAAUAGAAGGAGGCUCGGCCCUUCUCGAUCCCUUUCGGUCAUCUCUGUAGACCCCUUUACUGAGUCGGUAGUAGUCUCCCGGUUGCCCCUUCGAUUUCUUUUCCCCUUGGUGCGAUGGUACACAGUGCAACCCAGAGGGGCGUCCUGGGGAGGCAGCUUUUAAUUUGUCCCUAUCCAUCCUAUCUCUAAAGAGUGACAGAGGCGGCUCAUAGGUCUAAUUUAGGGAGACUCUAGGAGCCCUUAGGUCCUCUUAGGCCCAGAGCCUCCACCCCACGCUCCCGAAGAAGACAAGAAAGUGCAAAUGCAAACCAGUUUAUUAUGAUGAUGAUUAUUAAUUAUUACAAAUGCUAAUUUCUUGCUAAGGCGACCUUUCCAGUUUUCUCUGGAAAGAACUGUGCCAGGGCGACAAGCAUCUUGUGACAAAUAUGGGUCUACAUCUCCUUUACGAUGCAAUAUUGACUUAUUAUUAAUGCUAACUGCUCUGGAUGAUCUAAAGAUGAUUUUUUUAAAUACCAGCCACUACAUUAAACACUGAGCAAAAUAAAAGUUGCCCUUAAAGCUACUGUCUUUUCCUUCCGUUUGCUUUGUGUCGGUUCUAAGGUCUUAAGGCACAGUUUCUGUCCUCACUUAUAGUAUUUUCAUUUUGCUCAAGUAUUUAAAUUCUAUAAAUCUAACAUAUUGACAAAUUUGCCUCUGAGGACUCAGUCUGAAGGUAGAAAUUCAAAAGAGGAAAAAAUAGAAUUUUGAGAGAAUAGAUUGCAUUUUUAAAUUAACAUACACAUUUUUCCUGUCUUUGAGUGGAGAUCUAUUUAAACCCUAAUCCAAUACGAGGUGACUUUGAGCUUGAAGCAUUAGGGGCACUGAAACAGAAAGACCCCCACACAGAGCAGGCAGAGCUGUCCCUACAACUUCGCUGAAGACUUACCAGUUCAGGAAGGAAUUGCUUGUUUUUAGACUGGGUGUUUUCUUCGUGUAUAAAUAAAGAUUAUGAAAGGGCAUUUGAUGGGCAUAAAAUUCCUGAUUAGAUCGAACAGCCCUUCCUUGCUUGGGAUUAGAAAAAAUUGGGCAGUCGAAUUCUGGGCAGCUCUCCUGGCCGAGAUACAAGGCAACACAAUGCUAAAGCGCCAAGCUGGCGUCAGGGCGUCAGGGAGGGCAGCGGGCACUUUGUCCAGCCCUGGGCACGUUUAGCUGUAGCUCAGAAUUUGAUCGCCACAAUGUAAAUAAAAAGGGAAAUUUUGAGGCGCUAAUCAGUGGCUGUUAGGUUUGAUCAGGAUCUUAGCAACCUAGAGGCAAAUGUUUCAAUUUUUUCCCUUCUGCUAUGCCUUACUUAACACCUCACACCCCUCCCCAGCUUAAACAUAGCCACCCCAGUGGAAAGGUAACGUUUAAAUCUCGGCUUCACCACCGGGGUGCAGCAGCCAGAGCAGUUGGAGGCGCCAGGCUUUUAACCUGACAAUGAUGUUGUAUUUGAACAGCUGCGUAAAGGUUUAAAAGGUCUGUCUCAUUGCCACCGUGGAGUUUUUUAAAAGGGGUUAUUGUUUGGGCGAGGGCACUGAGAGGGGGCUAGCCAAUCGGUCCCAAGGCCGAAAAUAACGUUCAACGCCUGUUUUCUUCAGGCCAGGAGAAAUUCCUUUAGGGGAGGGAGGGGACAAAGGACUUUUUUGGGGGGGAGUGAAAUGUUUUUGUGAAGGAGCAACUAGGUUUCCCCAGAACUGGCUUAGGCGUCUUAAGGAGCAUCGAACCCCAAAGAAAGAUCUGUUGAGGUGGAAACCAGAUUUAUCCACAAGUUCAGUCUCUGGGCCUGAAAUCCAAGGCCAGUCCAUUCCUGGGUGAGUGGGAAAGAAGAGAACACAGAUGUCUCCUCGGACUGAGAACUGGUUCACGGUCACAGUUUCCGGGUCCGUUUUACUUUCUUGAAGGGGCCCCGGAAGGCCGAAGGACAGCUCCCACACACAGGCAGGGCCCCUGGUCCAGGGCAAGUCUUUGGAAAUCAAGGUUAAAGUUCCCGCUGCUGUCCUUAGGCCCCGGCUUCCGCAGGGCGGCUCGCCGCCUGCAACCAGAGAAAGAGGGAGGAAGUUGUUCAAGUUUCUCAUAAAACUCUGAGUUUCCAUGGUGGUGGUGGCGGUGGCUGCUCUUUAAUGAGCUGGACCACAACCCCAGACCAUAUCCUCUUUAUAAAACUUUCCCUCGCCAGAGGAAACGGAAGACUAAGAUUGUCCCCUCUCAUUCCCCCUCUCGUCCAAGCAAAACCUUGUCAAAGAAUUUUAGGGAUUGCCCAAAACUAUAAAAUUUAACUUGUGACAAAAGUAUAGCUUUUAAUAUUUGACGAUUUGUGUUAAAACAAAAAUUGACCUUCUUGGUUAGUAGCGAAGGGGAAAAAUCAAUAGUAUAAUUUUCAAUAAUUCAUAAAGCGAACGCCAUUAUGCUAAAUCUUAACUAUUAAUCUUAUCCUUUACAAAGUCUCGAUUGAUUUGUUAAUAAAAUAUCUUCCCGUUUGUGGCAACAGUGGGUAUAACUCUUUAAAAACCCUCAGAAGCAAGAAAAUUACCAAGGAGCCCAAGAAUGUAGAUGAGAAUUUUAUUGAUCGCCCUGAUUCUUCUUAAUAUGUAUUAAUAAAUUCCACAACCUUUUGUACCUUGCACUUGUCAGAAACCAAUGCUUUUACAAAAUCCAUAAAAGGAAAACAUAUUUUUCCUUGCAGAAGCCUCAAAUGACACCUUUGCUUUGCUCUCUCUUUGCCCUGGCCCCGCUUUCUAAAACUUGUGGAGUCCGAGGGUCCGAGUUUUCCCCUUUCUUUUGAAAAAAAAUUUUUUUUCUUUUAUCCUUCCUUCCUCUCUGCCCUGUGUUAUCAGGGAAAGGAAAUCUCGGUUUAGCUGUCUCUGGGAGCCCGAGGAACACUUUCGCGGAUAGGGAAUGGCUGGCGAGGAUUAUCUCCAUCCAAGCUAGAAGCUCCCAGCAGCCGGUCCCUCAAAGGUCAGGGUGUGGUUACUCUGACAGUCUAGGCUCGAGGAGCUCCUGGGUGCCGAGGCGCCUCGAGUCCGAGUCUAAUGGUCGAAGGAGAGGGUAACUACGGGCUGGAAUUUUUCUCCGUGCUCCGGAUUUGCCCAGCUGCGUGGCCUCUCGACCUUUCGCGGCCCUUUUCGCUAGUGGUUACCGCGACACCUUGGUCGUAUCAUCUUUGCAGCAGAGAGGUCUUUCUUUGGACCUAGGGGGGAUGUUUCAGAACCAGAGGAAUCGGACUCACCUUCCCAACUGCCCAGUACUACAUUUAACCAGCCCGCGCCCCUACCCCUUGCUCGGAACCGGCAAUCUUGGGUGCGUUCUGCCUGGGUGUGUGCGGGGGAAAAACGCUUCUAAGAGCAGGCGCCACGGCGCUCUGACUUCCCUCAGUGCGCGCGUCCUCCCGGAGGGCCCUCGGAUCAAGUCUUUCCUUCCGCCGGCGUGGCCCAGUGGCCGGGUGGGGGACUCGAGUGGGGCAGGCAGGCCGGCCAAACAAGCCCCGGGAGACCGGCUGGCUGGCCAGCAGCAGAGCCCUGGGCCGGUUGUUUUCAGCGCGCACUAUCACCGGCGCUUAGUAGAUGUCGCUGUUGUCCGUGCUUACGCGGCCGGCCGGCCGGGCUCUGGAACACGUGACCUGCAAGGAGGCUGCGGCUCAAGGCCAUUUUCAAAUCUCAUUGGCUUGGUUGUCAUGUGGUCGGCAGAGGCAUCCACAAUUACACCGGGAAUGUUUUCCUAGAGAUGUCAGCCUACAAAGGACACAAUCUCUCUUCUUCAAAUUCCUCCCCAAAAUGUCCUUUCCCAACAGCUCUCCUGCUGCUAAUACUUUUUUAGUAGAUUCCUUGAUCAGUGCCUGCAGGAGUGACAGUUUUUAUUCGAGCAGCGCCAGCAUGUACAUGCCACCACCUAGCGCAGACAUGGGGACCUAUGGAAUGCAAACCUGUGGACUGCUCCCGUCUCUGGCCAAAAGAGAAGUGAACCACCAAAAUAUGGGUAUGAAUGUGCAUCCUUAUAUACCUCAAGUUGACAGUUGGACAGACCCGAACAGAUCUUGUCGAAUAGAGCAACCUGUUACACAGCAAGUCCCCACUUGCUCAUUCACCGCCAACAUUAAAGAAGAAUCCAAUUGCUGCAUGUAUUCUGAUAAGCGCAACAAACUCAUUUCUGCCGAGGUCCCUUCGUACCAGAGGCUGGUCCCUGAGUCCUGUCCCGUUGAGAACCCCGAGGUUCCUGUCCCUGGAUAUUUUAGACUGAGUCAGACCUACGCCACCGGGAAAACCCAAGAGUACAAUAACAGCCCCGAAGGCAGCUCCACUGUCAUGCUCCAGCUCAACUCUCGUGGCGCGGCCAAGCCGCAGCUCUCGGCUGCCCAGCUGCAGAUGGAAAAGAAGAUGAACGAAACCGCGAGCGGCCAGGAGCCCACCAAAGUCUCCCAAGUGGAGAGCCCCGAGGCCAAAGGCGGCCUUCCAGAAGAGAGGAGUUGCCUGGCUGAGGUCUCGGUGUCCAGUCCCGAAGUGCAGGAGAAGGAAAGCAAAGAGGAAAUCAAGUCUGAUACUCCAACCAGCAAUUGGCUCACUGCAAAGAGUGGCAGGAAGAAGAGGUGCCCUUACACUAAGCACCAAACGCUGGAAUUAGAAAAAGAGUUCUUGUUCAAUAUGUACCUCACCCGCGAGCGCCGCCUAGAGAUCAGUAAGAGCGUUAACCUCACCGACAGGCAGGUCAAGAUUUGGUUUCAAAACCGCCGAAUGAAACUCAAGAAGAUGAGCCGAGAGAAUCGAAUCCGAGAACUGACCGCCAACCUCACCUUUUCUUAGGUCUGAGGCCCAUGUGAGGCCAGGAUCCGAGAGGGGGCACCGUGUUCCAGGCCCGAGUGCUGGAGGACUGGGAAGGCGGAAACAAAACCUUCAUUGCUCUUUGUUUUGUUUUGUUCUGUUCUGUUUUCCUGCUAGAAUGUGACUUUGGGGUCAUUCUGUUCGUGCUGCAAGUGAUCUGUAAUCCCUAUGAGUAUAUAUAUAUAUUAAAAAACUUAGCACGUGUAAUUUAUUUUUUUCAUCGUAAUGCAGGGUACCUAUUACUGCGCAUCUUCAUUUGGGUCUUAACUUAUUGGAACUAUAGGACAUCCAUCCAACCAUCCACUCAUCCUCCCAUCUAGCCAGCCAGCAAUGUGACUUUUCCACGUUUUCCCUCACAUAAAACUUCUCUGUGUGUGGUUAGCCCAUGAAUCCAUGUCAUUUUGAAAACAUCUAGUACUUUAAAAAAAAUACAUAUUAUAUAUAUUUCAAACGAAUAAGAAAACCCACAAGCUUUGGGGGGAGGGGGACCUUAAAAAGCACAUUACAAUGUAUCUUUUCACAAAUGAACUUAGCAAUUGUCCUUGGUGAAAUGGAGUAUUGAUGACUUAUGCCUUGUAGCCUUUCCCUUGUGGUGCAUCUGUGGUUUGGUAGAAGUACAAGAGCAACCUGUGCUUUCUGUGCAUGUUCUGGUCGCAUGUAUAAUGCAAUAAACUCUGGAAAUGA